GUGCGCGCGGUUGCCACGGCUAUAAAACACGCGACGCACGCCGCGGUUGGAUAGAAAGCGGUCGCGAGUGCGAAUCAGAUACAAAUCGCUAGAGGAACAGAGAGCGCGAGCCGGCUUGGAGACAAGUCUCGCUACAUCUGCCAGUUUCGUUCGAAAGAGUCCAACGUCUCUUUUCUUCAAUCUCUCCGGGAGCCAACAUGUCUGUGGUACCGCUGCUCUUCUCCGACUGGUGGGAGCAUCUGGAUCACCCGCACCAGGUCUUCGACCAGAACUUCGGCCUGGGCCUCCAUCAGGACCAGCUGACGCACCCGAGUUUCUUCACGCCGCAGCAGCGCAGCCGGCUCCCACUCUUGGCGCCUAUGAGCACCUACUACCGACCCUGGGGCGAACUGUUGCGCAGCAGGGGAGAGGGCGGCGUAUCCACCGUCAAGGCGGACAAGGAUAAGUUCCACGUUGUCCUGGACGUGCAGCAGUUCAAGCCGACGGAGAUCAAUGUCAAGGUCGUGGGCAAGUACGUCGUGGUCGAGGCCAAGCACGAGGAGAAGCAGGACGAGCACGGCUGGGUGUCCCGCAACUUCGUGCGCAGAUACAUGAUACCGGAACAGUGCGAUAUCGAUCAGGUCACGUCCAGCCUGUCGUCGGACGGCUUGCUGAGCAUCACCGCUCCCAGGAAGGACCAGGCGCAGAACGAGCGGUCGAUCAAGAUCGAGCACACCGGCAAGCCGAUGGUUCAGGAGAAGGCGCAGGAGAAGGCGCAGGAGAAGAAGGACAAGAAGUAGAAGACUUAUACGUGCAUACGUUAUAUUGCGUGCUUUUAUGAAAUGUUCCUUGUAUCGUACGUUCACGUAUUAUUCCUCACCUACCAAAUAUUAUUCUAUCUCUAUGUAGGAUUACACAGAAACAUUCGUGUAUCGCACUUUUUUCAUUUUUGUGAGAUAAUAGAGUUGAUCGAAUAAAUUAUUCGGUGAAUCUUAUAAUCAA